UGCUUAAUAGUUUAUUGAAUGAUGACGCAGCACGAGUGCCGCGGAGAGGGCGGGUAUGGUUGGGCAGUGGUCCUCGCGUUGUUUGUUAACGUCCUCAUUGUUGCAGGGUUACAGAGUUCAUCUGGAAUAAUCCACACAGAACUGAUGAGGACAACAUCUGCUGACCUCUCUGUGAUUGGCUGGAUCGGUUCUCUACUCACCGGACUCUGCACAAUCUCAUCACCCAUUGUGUCCGUCUUAACGAGGAUCAUACCAUGCAGAGUGAUUGCCAUAAUCGGAAAUAUCAUGAUCAGUCUUGGUUUUUUCUGUGCUUUCUUCACCUCUUCAGUUCCGGUGCUGAUUUUGUGUUUGGGAGUUCUCCCUGGAAUUGGCUCGAAUCUCAUUAUCUUCUCCAUCACAAUGAUACUCAAAGGAUAUUUUGUGAAGAGGCUGCCUCUCGCUUUCGGAAUAGCGUUCUCUGGUGCGGGAAUCGGCAUGUUAAGUUUUCCGCCAUUUUACGUUUACUUGCAUUCGUCAUUUGGAAUAAAGGGAAGCUUCCUUUUGUGUUCGGCUGUUUGUUUGAAUGGCAUUGUGUUGUCCUGUCUAGCCAAACCGAAUACAUCUAAACUUCGGGGAAAGACACCGGAACAGAGAGUAUCCAUGACGAAAUUCUUCGACUUCAGCCUGUUUAAUUCCUAUAAUUUCGUUUUGUUUGUCACGGCACACCUUGCUUUCAACAUAGGAAACGUCGCUCCUUUUACAUACCUACAAAUCAAAGGACUGGAACUUGGCUUCUCAGAGCAAUCGUCUGCUCUGUUUAUAACAGCCUUGGGAGCCGGAAGUUCUGUUGCGAGAAUAACAUUUGGAUGGUUCUCGGCAAAGUUUCCAAGAAUUCGUAUUCGAUCAUACCUGAUUGUGGUGUUAGUGGCGAGUCUGUCCACUCUCCCAGUAGCCUUCACCAGCUCCUAUCCACUGAUAUUAGUCUGCUCGGCAUUGUUUGGUUCAUGUGCAGGAGUUACCCAUACAGAAAUCCCCACGAUAAUCAUCGGGAUGAUGGGAAUUGACAGAUUGGAUAGCGCUUUAUCUGUGGCUUAUCUACAGCAAGGCAUCGGAUCCUUGAUCGGAAUUCCUCUCACAGAUAUUGUAUGUCGUAGUGUUGGCGACAACAACAUAUCCUUUAUCUUCACCUUCGGCAUCACUGCGUUAGCCUUUCUUCUUAUGGUCCUUUCUUUCUACUUACCCAACAAACCAUCACGGAAUGUACAAUCCCACGAGAUCUUGACUAAAUUCCCUGAUCGGAAACCGGAAGUUUUUGUUAUCGAUGUAUCAGAAACCAGAGGUCCUGCGGCGGCUUGAUAAUGGAGAUCCGUCUGUUGUGUUCAAUAUUGCAAUGGAAAAAAAUAACUGUAACUCAUUUGUACUAUUUCUAACUGUCUCUAAUGCAAAGAAAGACAUUCAAAUAAAAAUUGACAUACAU